AUGAAAAAAACAAGAGAAAUUAAUGGAAGCGGGUUAUUUAGGAAGUUGCUACAUGAGAAAUUAACAAAGAAUGAAAUGGAUGAUGCUUUUUUUUAUUGCAAGCAAGUGAUAGGUAUUGUAGGAGGUAUAAUAUCUGGAAUUUUACGCAUUAAAGGAAUUUUGGGGUUUCUCUUUUUUUUCAUUCUGCAGUUUCUUUUAUCCUUCGUAUUGUACAACAAAAAAAUAGAUGAAAAUCAUUUUAUGGACAACUAUAACAUCGCAACGAGCAAUGUAUUUAUUGGGCUUUCUGCAUUUCUGGUAUCAUGGAUAACAAUUUAUACAUUGUUAAUUUAG